GGGCGAACGAGGCGAGGCGAGGCGGCGCGGCGGACCCUUUAAGUUCCAGGCAGGGCUCGCUUGCUGGGUGGGAGCAGUCAGGAAAGCAACACCCACCGACCCCCCCCUCCCCACCCCGCCGCCGACCUUUGGAGCGAUGCUGCAGGGCUGAACCGGCGGGCGGGGAGGCGGGAGGAACGAGAAAGCGAGAGUCGGGGAGGCGAGCGCGCGAGAAGGGGCGGGAGUUGAAGUUGCCGUACUGAAGUGGCGGCGGACAGGCCCGGAAGAGAGAGGAAAAGCGGGGUGGAAGAAGAAAGAGUCGCCAGGCCGGGCAUGGGGCGCGGCGCGGGCUGCGGUUUGCUGUAGCCCUAGGCUCGGCCUGCGAGAGCUUCCUUCUUCCUCCCGCCCCCGAGGAGAGCAGGCUGAGGAGGAGGGCAGGGGGUCUGUGCAGCGACCUGCUUUUCUAUGUCUCCUUGCCGGGGUCGCCCGGGGCUAUCGCUUCCCAAGCUCUCCAAUCUCUGGGUUCCUAUUUAAGGGGGGUGGGGGUGCGCGCGCCCAAAAGCGGGAAUCCGAGUGGUUGCUCAAUCCCUCUCAGUUACAGAGUUGGCUUCGGGCGGCACUUUCUGCAAAUUAAACCCAACCAUCCUCUCUUUCCGCCUUGAGAAACUUGUGUGUGUGUGUGUGAGAGAGACACCUUUGUUGCCGUUUUGCUUCCCUCCAAGACGAGGGCUGAGUGGUUUCAAGCUUGUCUUUGCCUGCCAGGCCUCUGUCCUGCCCUUUCUUGAGGAAUUCUGGCUCCUUGUCCCCUUGCUCUUCCUUCCUUGUUUCCUCCCCUCUUCCCGCAGUGUCAAAACAUAAACACCUGCUGUCGCCGAGAGUAGCUUACCUUUCUCUUCGGGAGUUUAGACUUUGCUGAGUUUUGCAUUUCAAAACAAGGUCCCGGUUACUCGGAGACUUUUUGGUACUUCCCCCCCACCCACUCCCCUUUCUGAAUGUGCCAUUUUUUUUAAAAAAAAUCCUCAUCUACCUUUGUUUUUAUUUGGAUGAGAUGAAAGUGACAGUUUGUUUUGGCAAGACGGGGAUUGUAGUUCCCUGUAAAGAUGGACAAAUCCGGGUUAGAGAUUUAACCCACCAGGCUCUACAGAGGUACCUAAGAACCAAAGAAAAGAAUCCUUCACAUUGGGUGAAUGUUCACCAUCUGGAAUACACAGAUGGCGGGAUCCUGGAUCCAGAUGAUAUCUUGGCAGAUGUUGUGGAAGACAAAGAUAAGUUGAUUGCCGUGUAUGAUGAACAAGACACAUUCCCCAAAUCUGAUGACACCAAUGGUAGUUUAACAGAAGGCAACAGCCCAGAUGCUUUUGAGACUGAUGUAGCUGCCCAGCUAGCAGCAUUUCAACCUAUUGGUGGAGAGAUAGAAGUGACAUCCUCUGCUCUGAAAUUAGGUACCCCACUUUUGGUUAGAAGGAGUAGUGAUCCAACUGUGGGACAGCCAGCUGAUUUUGUGCCAGGAGCUUCACAUGUUAAUCACCAUAUUUUGAAGUCCUCUGUGUCAUGUUCAGCACAAUCAUCUUCAGAAGCCUGGGAUUUCACUACACAUAAUGAUACACUGACAUCUCAAAAAACAAAACUUAAUUUCAGUGGUGUGACAAGAAUCGUAGAGAUACCUGGGGAAGGAGGCCCACUGGGGAUACAUGUGGUACCAUACUUUUCAUCAUUAAGUGGAAGGAUUUUAGGACUUUUCAUCCGUGGUAUUGAGAAAAAUAGCCGGUCUAAGCGGGAUGGACUUUUCUAUGAAAAUGAAUGCAUUGUGAAAAUUAACAAUAUUGAACUUGCAGAUAAAACGUUUGCACAAGCACAAGAUCUUUUCCGCCAAGCAAUGAAAUCUCAGAACAUCGUCCUGGAAGUUGUUCCUUCAUAUGGCCGUGAACACUAUGAAAAGUCAGUCAUCGCACCAUUGUACUCCCCAAAUAAAGCUGAGCAUAUUUCCAAAGGAAAGUUUCCACCUGCAGCCCAUCCAAAGCCGAUGAUGAAAGACCCAGAUUUCUCUGAAGCAAACGAUCUAGAGACUGGUACACAUGCAUUGUCCAAGAGUCCUAACUUCUCAAGAAUUAAUAGGAAACCUCCAUCACCAUCUUUAUCCCCAUUGAUGGGGUUUGGCAGCAAGAAAAAUGCAAAGAAAAUAAGGAUUGAUCUCAAAAAGGGACCUGAAGGACUAGGUUUUACAGUGGUCACCAGGGACUCCUCCAUACACGGUCCUGGCCCUAUAUUUGUAAAGAAUAUUUUGCCUCGAGGUGCAGCAGUUAAAGAUGGCCGUUUGCAUUCAGGAGACAGAAUACUGGAGGUGAAUGGUAGAGAUAUCAGUGGCAAAACUCAAGAAGAACUUGUAGCUACCCUGAGAAGCACAAAACAAGGAGAGAUAGUUUCCCUGGUCAUUGCUCGCCAGGAAGAAACCUUUCUGCCCCGAGAACUGAAAGGAGAACCAUGUUGCAACAUUUUUUCAUUCGAGGCAACAGAGCAAUUGACUUUUGAAAUUCCUUUGAAUGAUUCGGGUUCAGCUGGACUUGGCGUGAGCUUAAAAGGCAACAAAUCUCGAGAGACAGGGGCAGAUCUUGGAAUUUUCAUCAAAUCUAUCAUCCAUGGUGGUGCUGCAUAUAAGGAUGGGCGAUUACGAAUAAAUGACCAGCUUAUUGCAGUAAAUAGUGACUCUUUGCUUGGAAAAUCAAACCAUGAAGCCAUGGAAACUUUGAGGCGUUCUAUGUCUAUGGAAGGAAAUAUUCGUGGCAUGAUACAACUGGUAGUUCUCAGGAGGCCAGAAAGGCAAAUUGAAAUGGAAUGCAAAGAACCUGAUAUAUUAUUUCCAAAAGCAGAGGUUGAAGGGAAUAUUAAUUUCACAAGCACUCCUAAGCAAAGUGAUGCUGCUGUACAAUGUUUCGUCACAUAUUGCCCACAGGAGAAGUUAAAAGAGUUUGAAAGCGGCACAGCUGAAAAUGAAGUCCCACCCCCUUUGCCUCCACAUCCUAGUGAGAAGCUAUUUACAGAUUAUAAUCAUAGCAUAGCAACAGAUUCAGAGACUUUUUUGCCAAAUCAGCCCAUCAACUUCAGAUCUUUGACCCUGUCCAAACAGACGGAAUCAAUUAACCUGAAAGCCUCCAAGAGCAUGGACCUUGUGGCAGAUGAAAGUAAAGUUGCCUUAUUGACUGCUCAGAAACUAGAAUCUCCUAGUAAGGAUAUUGGUCCCACCCUGGGAUUAAAAAAGUCGAGUUCCCUAGAAAGUCUCCAGACAGCUGUUGCUGAAGUAAAAAAGAACGAACUUCCAUUCUACAGGCCUAGACCUCACAUGGUCCGUGGUAGGGGAUGUAACGAGAGUUUCAGAGCUGCCAUUGAUAAAUCCUAUGAUGGACCUGAAGACGUGGCAGGAGAUGGUCUGUCAGAUAAGAGUUCCCUUUCUGGUCUAGAAGGUCAGAACUUUGCAAAAGCCUUUCACAUGAAUUCUGAAUUAGAAGAUAUGGAAAGAAAGACAAAAAAACACAAGAAGACCAAAGAAAAAUUGAAAACAAAAGAAAAAAAUAAAAAGCCUAAUCUCAAAAACAAAUCGAAAAUCAAUGAAAAGGACAAAAAAGAGGAGAAUGACAAUCCUGAAAGAAAAACAAAAAAGAAAAGUUUGGGCGCUAUGUUAAGAUUUGGCAAGAAAAAAGAGGAUAAAGGUGUACAAAGUGAUCAGAAGGGAAACUCCAAGCAAGAUACACUGAAAGAAGUUGACCUAGAAAAGAUGAAGGAGGAACGGGAAAGGAUUAGUGCAAAGCAUCAGGAACUCCGUCAGAAGCAAAUCAGGGGACUUGUUGAGUAUUCCACAGUUCCUAUGGGAGCCCCACCUGAUCUUGACGAUGAUGAGACAGACCCAAAUUAUGCACGAGUGAAUCACUUCCGAGAAGUAUAUCCAGUUAUCAACUCCUACCAGCUUUCUUCUCCACUUGUUUCUGAAGCUUAUGGUGGGUGCAAUAACCCUACAGCACCUCUGGACAGGGACCACUUAGAAGGAUUAUAUGCAAGGAUAAACAAGCCAUCCCACCAGCAUGCUCCUGUUGAGAGUGAUCGUCCAUCUAUUGUAACUGCUGAUCGCAUCCAGAAGUUACGGAAAGAGUAUCAUCAGGCAAGGAGAGAAGGUGUACCUUUAUAUGAUGAAGAGGAAGGUAGAGGAAGAUCAUCUGAUUAUGAUCAGCAUUGGGUGUCUGGAAAAGGUCCAGAUGAGACUCUACACCACCUCCAGUUUGAAGGCUUAGAAAGGCAGUACGCCUCCUUACCCAGGCAUGGAUCUGUAGAACCAAUGGAAUAUUUAACAGGGCUACGGAUAGCACACAAAGAAAGAGAUCUUCCCUACUCUCCUGCAAGCCAAUCUGCAGGUCAUCCCUCCAAAGGGAGCUACCUUCAUCCACCAGAUGGCCCAAGAGCAACAGAGUUAUGGUAUUCACAGUAUUUCCCACCACAGCCAGUAAUUCAGCACAAAGGUCCUCUCCGCCAAGAUGUACCACCAUCCCCACCACAAGGCCACAGAGCUCCACCUUAUAAUGAGGUGGGCAGAAUAGGACACCGACAAAGCACUCCCGAUCAGUACCAAUGCAGGUAUCAAGAUCCAAGGCAGAAGGACUCUGUGACUGCAGCUGUAUAAUUGAAAGCUGGACUGUUGUUGAUAUUUUAUGGCUGACUUCAUCUUACAGUUAGUCCCUCUGAAGUCAUUUCUGCACUCUCAACCUAUAGCAUAUUUUAGAGCCACCCACCCAUUAUUUUGCCAACAUACCGGUAAUAAAGACAAGCUUUAUAUUUCUUCAGCACUGGCUGGGUGAUGCUAUGAAGAUGCUAUAAGUCAUUCCACAAAAAGUGCUCAUUAACACUGGCCAAUCUAUGACCAGAACAUGUACCCAGCUGUAUUGCAAACUCAUACAAAUGGUACAUUACCUUUAAGUAUUGAAGAGUAAGAAAGUUUUGUUUUUUUUAAAAGUGCUUAAACAAGAUGGUAGAUAAAGACUCAGCAGUAUUUCUACGCACAUCAAAAAGUGCCACUCAGGGCUAUUUGCAAUUACACAGGCACAAAAAAGACAGCCAAAUGGUCUUGUGGGGAAGGGGGGGAGAAAAUGAUUUUAUAAAAGGCACAACAUUCAUGCUUUUGAGGGUACAAUCAGUAUACAGGUCCUUUACUAAGAUUUCCUCUGAACUGAAGAAUUGGAAAUAUUCUGUAAUAUCAUUGAGAUGUGUUCCUUUCAAAGUGUGACCUGGAACUUGUUAUUGUCCUCAUCUCUGAAUCCUUUAUGAAUAUUCUUUUCAGCUGCUUAUAAGGAUGCUUCAGUUCUGAAGCCAUUUUUCUCCUCUUCUUCUCUCUGUUUUCUAAUAACAAGAGCAGAUGGACAAAUUUAAAAGAUGCCUAAGGUUCAUAGAGCACCAUACAGUGUUGCAUUGUAAAGAUUUCUGGAAGGAAAUACAAAAGGGCUCAGUAUGUAGUUUCCUACCUCUGAUUUCACAACUAUUAGAAGAUUUAGUUCAUUUGUAUGCCAGUAUAUUGAUGUGUGUGGAAUGGCUCGGUGUCUUUGUGUCUUGAGAGAGCUGAUUCUCCAUUGAUACCAAUGGAGCAUAUACUUAAUAAUUGUAUACUAGGAUGGAGUUAUCAGUUUGUGCUCGGGUGAUAUUUUACUACUAUUUGUUUCCCCAGUCACAACUCCAAAUCAAAAAGGUGGCAAGAUGACUGUGGAAUAUUGUGUUUUUAGGAACUCGUUUUUGCUAGACAACCAUCCUUCUCAUGGCCUUAUUAGAAAACAAAUUGUUUGAGUGUUUUCAAAAACUUGGGUAACUAUUAGACUGCUAUUUGUUAGUUUAUUUGUUUAAAUCACCUGUGCAAAGCAGCCCUCAGUUAAUCCUAGAGGGUUUAGCAGAGGAAAGGUUUGUUAAAUGCCAAGCAUUAACAGUGCUUAGAUCUUUGGGGGCAUUGGAGGAUUCUAGGUUUAAACUGGAGGAAAAAGAAAUAAUAAUAGUAUAGUUAUCAAAUGAGAGAUUUAAGUAUAACGUGGGUUCCACUAAGGUAGAAUCAUGGUAAGAAUAUCCAGGAUGGAAGAAAAGGGCCAGGUGUCAAAAAAUCAAAAUGGCAGCUGCAACCAAACAAUCAAAGCUGCCAUUUUGAUGGUUUUGACACCCUGUCCCCAUGGAUGCCCUGAAUCAUAGUUUACUGUAGUUGUGAUGAAUGUGUCUAGAAGAAAAGAAGAAGGGAAGUGACAAACUUUGCACAUUUAUGUAAAAUGCAAAGGUAGUUUAAGUUUUCACGAUUUUUGUGGUUUGCCACUUAAGCCUAAUGAAACUUCUGAGACUUUCUUCAGUCUCUAAAAGCUUCUCUAAAAAGUCUCUAAUAGCUUCAGCGUGUUUUUUUUUUUUAAUUCCAAACUCUGACUGGGGACUCAUUUUAAGUCUGUGUUUCAGCCCUUUUCCUUCCACAUGAAAGUUCUUGGGCUUGGCCACAGAAAAGAACUGAAAAAUCCUUGGUUUUUAUUUUGGUAUGCAGCGAAUUAACAAGAUUCGUUAUAGAGGUCAUCUAAUAAUUAUUACAUAUUGCUUAGAGGGGUCAUCAAGCAGGCAGAGCCAUUUAUCAUUUAGCCUUUCUGAAAUGGCUUCAUUCCACCAGGUACCCUCAAGAGAUUUGGCUUAUACAGAAUUCAUUAUGUACACAAAUUUGUAUUACUAUAUUUUAGAGAGUCAGUUUUUCUAGUAUCCCUGAAAGAGUCAGCAGCUUGGUGUGAAUGUAGCCCUGAAUUCUUACCCAUUCAUAUUCAGAAACUAUGAGGUACUAUAGUGAUUUUGAAUCAAGGUUGCAGGUCAUAGCCUUUUUCCAAAACUACCUGUUAAAUAUAUGAGAACAUGGGGCUAAGUGGAAAGCCUCCAGUGAUGAGAAAUAGCAAGUAUGUUUAUUUGAAUAGGGGAAUGUCAACAAUAAGUUAUUUUUUAACGCACAUAGCAAACUUACAUAUGCACACACACCUAUGUGUUGGAUUUUCCUCCUAAAAUGCAGAGCUUUAUGGCCAUUCAAAAGACAAUUAUCUAUUUCCAGUGGAUGAAUUUAAUUUCAACUGGCCCUGAAUGAUUAAUCAAGAAUUAAUUGCAAGGAAUUGCAAGACUACAUUGAUCCUUCCCUCGAAAAAUCUAUUUAUAUAAAUGAACAAAUCUUGUUCAUGCCAUUUUAAGCAAACAGUUAAUUCUCCCUACCCACCUCUAUGUAAUCGUGUCUGAAAUUGAUGACUUACUUACUUUUGUUAAGCCGACAUUUUCAGAAAUCCAUAUUGAGUUGAACUAUUACAGGGAGGAUGGAAAAACUGCAUAUUGUGAACACCAGUAUAUAGUGACUUUCCACAUACAUGUGAUUCAGGCAGACAAUUUUUUUAAUAUCAAAUUUUAGUUUUCUGGCUAAUAUGUCAUCCCACAAUAGAUUCCUUGAUGUGUGUAGCACAUUAUAUAUAUAUUAUAUAUAUAUAUAUUUGUUUUCUGAGGUUUUCGUGGGUGUUUGUAUGUAGGUCUUUGGUUAUUCGGGUUUUCUCCCGCGUAAAAUUGGAAGUGUCUUGGCGACGUUUGGACGAAAUCUCAUUCGUCAUCUUC